UUAAAGAUUGUCCAACGAUGGAAGUGGUCGAUGCUAAGUUGCUAUUAAAAUUGAUUAUAUCCGUUCUUUAUGUAUCCAUUGUUGUUUCAGUGUCCUCCGAAUGCGAGACUCCUCUCAACAGCAGCGACUGCGGGCUGCCCUCUACUGUCGUAUACACGUACUACAGUCAAAGUUCCGUCUGCUACCCGGACUUAUGGCGGGGGUGUCCGACCAACAACAAGUUCAACAACGAGGACGAGUGCUUGAAAUCCUGUGUCAUGUAUUUCGAAGUAACUGAGCCUACGCCGAAGAAAAAUGAUGCUAUUGCUAGUAAAGUGCAGGUGAAAACCAACACGAACAGUCAGUCAGUAAAAAUUUACCGAUGUGAUGUCCCCCUCAACAUCAGUCCUUGCACUAAACAGAUGAAGUUAGUUUACACUUACAGCGACGAAAUAAACUCGUGCAUUAUGGCCGUAUGGUCAGGAUGUCCUACUGAAAACAUGUUUCCUGACAUCACGUCAUGUCAGGAUAAUUGUCAAGAAAAGAAGGACAAUAAACUGAAACAAAAAGAUAAAUCGACGGUACAAGAAGCUUCGAAUGUUCUUAAAGAGUUGAUUAAGAAAAUGUAUGCACUAAAUAAAGAAAACACACUGGAACAUAAGGAUAAUUCCAAUGUACAAGAAGUUUCAAAUGUUUUUAAGAAAUUAAUGAAGAAAACUAAUGCACUGAAUAAAGAAAAUAAACUAGAUGAAAAGGAUAUAUUCAAGGUACAAAAAGUUCCAAAUGUAUAUAAGAAGUUGAAAGAGAAAAUGGAAGCACUGAAAAAAGGAAAUAAAUCUGGUAAAACCAUUGAUUUGGACGCAAAAGCCUACUUUAUAUAUAAACUUGUAAUAGCUAAUAUGGAAUUGGAUGAACGCACUGAACAUGGAGACAUUGAUUUGAUGUUACUUGACGAAAAUGUAACAUUUAGGAACAAUUUAAAAUAG